AUGGUGAAUUCUGCGUUAAUGUACGCUUCUCGGUUGAAGAAGAACGAUAACAAGGGUCCAUUAGGUACCCUUCAGCUAUUUGAUACUCCUACAGAUGUGCACAAGAAAUGUAAUUAUCUAUUUCAGCUUCUAAGCGCAUCAGAUAAUGCGAUUUUGCAUACUGGUGCCGGUGUGUCCACUGGGGCUGGGAUCCCAGAUUUCAGGGGUCCAUCCGGUGUCUGGACUAUUAUGAAAAAACAAAGCAAAAAGAAGAGGAGUGUCACCGAAAGUGACUGCGUCUUUAGAACGAAUAGUAAACUCUCUGUAACUUAUGGCAGAAAGAGAAAGGAAGCAGUUGAAUUUGUCCUAGCAUUGCCUUCCGAGGCACAUUUGGCAAUAUUAGAACUGCUAAAAGCGGGUGUAGUUAAGUUCAUAAUCACACAAAAUAUUGAUGGCUUACACCCGCUCUCUGGAGUCAGAUUUUCACAACUUGCAGAACUUCAUGGAAAUGUCUUUACUGAACGAUGCAUAUCGUGCGGAAGAAGAUACCAAAGGCCAUACGUUGCCCCAACCAUAAGCUUUAGAUUUACGGGGGAAACAUGCGGUAUCUGUAGUUUCCCUCCGUCCGGAGUGCUCACUGACGUAGUGUUGGAUUGGUUUGACAAGUACGAAGAGCACUACGAAAACAAGGCCGUAGAAGUAUCCAGAGCGGCGGAUUUACAUGUGUCGCUGGGAACUUCAUUGCACAUUGAGCCUGCAUGUCACUACGCAUCAAUAGAUUAUUACAGAAAUCCAGAUUCUCCAUUGGUGAUUGUUAAUUUUCAAAAGACAAAAUUGGAUCCGGAAGCAAAUGAAGUCAUACAUUCUGACGUAAACAAGCUUUUUAUAAGCCUUCUGAAACGCUUUAAGUUGAAUCUUGAGGUAUAUCUCAGAAAGGUUAUUUUGUCUGUAGUAAAGUACGAGGAAAAUGGAAAUUGCGUACUUUUAAUCCGCCUACCUUCCAUUUUGAAGGUAAGAUUGGAAUCAAAUGACCCUGUAAACUUGCGCCAUGAAUGUCUUUCAAGUACGCAGGGAAUACACAAAUUCACAUUUUGCCUACCAUUUACUCUAAUUCUGACUCUGUGGUAUGAUACUCAGGUCACAAUACAUGUUCCCUAUGAAAGGGUACCCCUCUUCAAGGGUGAGGUUUGGGAAAUUUGUAUUGCUGCAACAGAUGGUAGGAGGGCAAAGAAUUCAGAGAGAGUUAUACAGUGUGAUGAAAUGGGUGUAGAUUUGCUGAGGAUUAUAGAGAUGAAGGUCUACUUUAAUUCUCACUUUAUACCGGAAAAACCUUGUAAACUUCUCGCAUUUAUGGACCUCAUUGAUACCACUCCAUACGACUUUAUAAAUUUUCCCCUACCAAACUCCUUAAUUAUCUUGGCAUAUUUUUGGGGAACACCUGGGGUUAGGAAUGUUUCAAAGAUGCACUAUCCGAAUGCACUUAUAAAAUCAAUGUUCCCCGAACUAGUAUCAGAUAACAAAUACGGUGUUGCAGACUACAUAUUCAAAAACGAGUCUGGAAAACCUUCUGUGGAAUACAAACAUCCUGUUGUACCAAAGGCUCAGAACCCAUUUUCUAUGGACUCAUCGCUCUCGGUGGACCCAGAAAUUUCUAUGGAUCCAACACGCAUGGAGAACGUGCAGGCAGGGUACCCUGUUGGAACUAUAAAGUCCGAAUACCAGCAAGGAGCUUUCGGCAUGUAUCCAUCGGCAGUACCGGAAACACGUGAACAAUCUGCACCCAUGGAUAUGCGUUGGCCUCUGGACAAACCCUUAUACGCUAUGGAUACGUUUAACAUACGAAAUCGCCGUGGAACUAAAACUGGAGUAAAGAGGGGAAGACCUAAAAAGAUCGCUGAGGAUCCUGAAACGGUAAAAAUGAGAAGAAAUGACUUUAACGAUCCAAAUACUUAUGCAAAUCCAUAUACUGGUGAUCUUUUUACUACCGAACUAACAGAAGAAGCCAGGGCCAUGGAUGUUGGAGACCCCGUAGUUGUGGGUGCCCCAAGUAAAAAUCCAUCCGAUGGACCUGAUAGCUCAAAUAGUACCACUCCAAUUAAGGAACAUUUUGUAUCUGCUGCGCUAUCCGUGGGUUCAUCGGCUGGAAGCUCUUGCUCGGCUUCACAGGACACUUGUAUUACAAACACUUGCUCCUUAGACACUCUAACUUCUAUAGAUGGUUCUGUUGCUUCGGCUAGCAAUGCUUCCUUCACUGAUGAUACUCCAUCUAAUGCAGAUUUAUCCUCAUUUGGAGUGAAGCCGGAUGGUGACUAUGGUACAACUCCAAAGAAAAGGACGACCAAAAAGAAAAAGAGCGAGUCCGGUAAAAAGAAAAAGGAUAUGAACGCGAUGCUACAACUAUUUAAAAUUUCAGGGUGUAUAGAAUUGGCCAUGAGGAUGGCGGGGGACCUCGGUUUGGCGAGUUUGAAAACGUCUCAGAUAUCUCCAAAUCUGCAGAGGUUGCAAGUGGAAAAGUUUACUCAUGCUUUGGAAUCAUCAUUACCUCUAAAACUUUAUAUUUCUAAGGAACAUCAACUCGGAGAAUUGGUGGACUCUGUUCCUUACGAAGUGAGGAGUUCCCUUUCCAGGAAGGGAAAGAUCAUUUCGAAUAGUAGGCUUUCGGGAAAUGUAAAUUCAUUCGAGGUUCUCUUUUACCAGGUGAUUUCAUCAAGUUUGAACUUUAGCCAUGUUAACAAUUAUGUUUUGAUAAAGUCAUUUGCGCACCAACUUCCACUCUGGUUAUUAAAACACAUUGCUGACCUUUUUGAAUGUAGAUGA